UUUGCUUUUUCAAAUCACUUGAGAGCACAAGAAAGUUCUCACAGUCUGUAGUUAUGAAUUUUUAAAAAUCUAUUCAGCAAACAUCAUAAUGAAAGCUGAAGAUGACAAUGAAGAGCGAAGUUUUCGGCAGAGAUACAAUUCACCUGAACCCAGUGCUGUGUCCAUGAAAAGUGACAAAUCCAUGAAAACACCAAUUCAAUUACAAAAUACAAAUGUUCCAGAUCAAAGUUUACAGCAAAGAUACCAUUCGCCUGAUCUCAGCGUUUUGUCCCUGAAAAGUGACAAAUCAAUGACAACACCAAUUCAGAUGAAAGAUGGACAUCCUUCAGUGUAUCAAAGCGCUCAGACGAGAGCAGGCUCAUUUGUUCCGAGUGUUGUGUCCAUGAAAAGUGACAAAUCGAUGAAAACACCCAUUCAAUUACAAAAUGGAAGUGUUCCAGAUCAAAGUUUUCGACAGAGAUACAAUCCACCUGAACCCAGUGCUGUGUCCCUGAAAAGUGACAAAUCAAUGAAAACACCAAUUCAAAUAAAACAUGGAGAUCCUCCAGGGUAUCAAAGUGUUCAGACAAGAUCAGGCUCAUUUGUUCCCAGUGUUGUGUCCAUGAAAAGUGACAAAUCCAUGAAAACGCCUAUUCAGUUACAAAAUACAAAUGUUUCUUAUCAAAGUGUUCAGCAGAGAUACAAUUCACCUUAUCCCAGUGCUGUGUCCCUGAAAAGUGACAAAUCAAUGAAAACACCAAUUCAAUUACAAAAUACAAGUGUUCCAGAUCAAAGUUUACAGCAAAGACACCAUUCACCUGAUCCCAGUGCUGUGUCCCUGAAAAGUGACAAAUCAAUGAAAACACCAAUUCAGUUACAAAACGGACAAAAUCCAGGGGAUCAAAGGUAUUCACGGACAAACUCUUAUCAGGAUACCCUGACGGCUGAAAGCUUACCUGGAAGAUUCAUUCCUCAACAGGAUUCUGAAACACUUGAAGUCAAAAUUAAAAAAUUCAAAUCAAACAUAAAACAGAAACAUCAGUACCUUUUUGAAGGAUUUGCAAAGCAGAGAAACCCAACACUCCUCAAUGAGAUUUACAUAGAUCUCUACAUCACAGAGGGUGGGAAUGGAGAGAUCAGUAAUGAACAUGAGUAUAAAAGGAUAGAAAAAUCUUUGAAGACUGCAGCAACAGCAACAAUACCUAUAAAAUGCAGAGACAUCUUUACACCUAUACCUGGACAAGACAAAGCCAUCAGAACUGUGCUGACGAAGGGAGUCGCUGGCGUCGGAAAAACAGUCUCUGUGCAGAAGUUCAUCCUGGACUGGGCUGAAGAGAAGGAGAAUCAGGACGUCCAGCUCAUAUUUCCACUUCCUUUCAGAGAGAUCAAUCUGAUGAAGAACAAAACACUCAGUCUGUCAGAUCUUCUUCAGAUCUUUUUCCCUCAAACUAAAGAAAUGGAAAUAUCCAGUGACAAAUAUAGAGUAUUGUUCAUUCUUGAUGGUUUGGAUGAAUGUCGGCUUCCCUUAAAUUUCAGAAGGAACGAGACUCUGAGGGAUGCAAACAAAGAGACAUCAGUGGAUGUGCUGCUGACGAACCUGAUUGUGGGGAAUCUGCUUCCCUCUGCUCUCAUCUGGAUCACCUCCAGACCAGCAGCAGCAGAUCUCAUCCCCUCUGAGUGUGUCCAUCGAGUGACAGAGGUACGAGGCUUCAAUGACCCUCAGAAGGAGGAAUACUUCAGCAAGAGAAUCAGUGAUCAGAGUCUGGCCAACACAAUCAUCUCACACCUGAAGUCCUCCAGGAGCCUCUACAUCAUGUGCCACAUCCCAGUGUUCUGCUGGAUCUCAGCCACUGUUCUGGAGAAGAUGUUGAGUGAAGCAGAGACUGCAGAGAUCCCCAAGACUCUCACUCAGAUGUACACACACUUCCUGAUGGCCCAGAUCAACAUCAAAGACAGAAAAUACAAUGAAAUUAACAAAGAUAAAGAGAUGAUAUUCAAGCUGGGGAAACUGGCGUAUGAGCAGCUGGAAAGAGGCAAUAUAAUCUUCUAUGAGGAAGACCUGAGAGAGUGUGGCAUUGAUGUGGCAGAAGCUUCAGUUUACUCAGGAUUGUGCACUCAGAUCUUCAGAGAGGAGUUUGGCUUGUAUCAGGGGAAAGUCUUCAGCUUUGUUCAUCUGAGCAUUCAGGAACAUCUAGCGGCUCUAUAUGUGCACCUCUCCUUCCACAACAAUGGUGAAAAUGUGCUUGAAGCACAGGAAUUUGGAAAGCCAAUGACAAUGUUGAGCUUACACAAAUCUGCAGUCAACAAAACGUUACAAAAUUUGAAUGGACGUUUUGAUCUUUUCCUUCGAUUCCUUUUGGGACAUUCAUUGCAGUCAAAUUACAGCCUCAUAAAAGAUCUUUUGGUGAAGAAGGAAUACAUAGCCUUGGAAAAAGAGGAAACUAUUGAGCAUCUAAAGAAAAUAUUACAAAGCAUCACUUGUGCAGAAAGGGCUCUACUUCUCCACUACUGUCUGAAGGAACUUAACGAUCAGUCCUUUAUUACUGAAACGCAAAGUUACCUGAAUUCUGGAAAACUAAAUAGUGGCCCUAUUUACCCACACAUUUAUUCAGCUCUGGUUUACAUUUUAAUGGCAUCCAAUGAGAAGUUUGCGGAGUUUGAACUUCAAAAAUAUGGAAAGGGGGACCUGGUCCUGAACAUGAUGCAUCCUGUGAUCAAGCUGUCAAAAAAGAUCUGGUUGAAGGAAUGUAAUUUAACAUAUAAAGGUUGCAUAACCGCAUCUGCUGUCAUUUCAUCACAAUCUAACGUGAGAGAGCUGGACCUGAGCCACAACAACCUGGACGACAGAGGAGCUGAACUAAUCAGUGUUGGAUAUAAAAGAUCACGCUACAGGGAACAACUGAUAAAAGAGUGGUGCAGCUACUCAAUCUACAAUCUUAAUGACAAAGGGCAGGCCAAAAUCGCUGAAGAUUAUGUGUCCUGCACUGCUGGACUACAAGACACAGACUGCAGACUGCAAUCUUUAAAUCUGAGGGCUUGUAGAAUAACAGAAGCAGGUUGUGAUUACCUGGGCAAAGCUCUGAGUUUAAACCCUUCCCAUCUGAAAGUGCUGGACCUGAGCUGGAACACCAUUGGAGACUCUGGAGUGAAACAUCUUUGUGCUGCUCUGGAGAAAGAUCACAGUGUAAUGGAAACACUGAAGUUGGAAAAAUGUGGACUAACAGAAGAAAGUUGUACUGCUCUGGCUUCAGCUUUUAGCUCAAAGUCCUCCAGUCUGACAGAUCUGGAUCUGAGUAUUAAUGAUCUACAAGACUCAGGCGUACAGGAGCUCUGUGUGGGACUGCAGAAUCCUCACUGUAAACUACAGAGGCUGAGGUUGUCUGACUGUAAAGUUACACAUGAAGGUGUGGCGCAACUGACUAAAGUGCUGGAAUCAAAUUCAUCCCACCUGAAAGAGCUCGAUCUGGAGAAUAAUUUGACAGAUUUAUAUACGUUAUAUUUUGUGUAACACAACUCCUUACAACUCCUUAGAUCUAAGUUUCAGUAGUCAUGUCAAAACAGUAGGCAAAUCAGCAUGCUAUCAUCUCAAAAACAUGAAAGAAUU